AAUAUUUCGACAAUUUAUUCGCCUGUCACCGGAGGAAUUUCUUGUUCGCGAGUAGAAGUAGAAAUUAUAUCUCAGCCAUUUAGUUAAGAUAAUAAAAUAACAAAAGCCUUUACAAAAUGCAGUGUACUCUCCGUAAUGCCAUGGCAGCAGCCAUUAAGACGCCUUUGCGUACGAAUGGCGCUAUUUUGGGAGCUUUAAAUGGUCGCUUCUACUCGAGUACACAUGAAGCUGAUUUGGUUGUUAUUGGUUCCGGUCCAGGUGGUUAUGUCGCUGCCAUCAAGGCCGCCCAAUUGGGAUUGAAAACCGUCAGUGUGGAGAAAAAUCCUACAUUGGGUGGCACUUGCCUUAAUGUUGGUUGCAUUCCUUCAAAGGCUUUGCUUAACAAUUCACAUUACUACCACAUGGCACAUUCUGGUGAUUUAGCCAAUCGCGGCAUUAACUGUGGCAGUGUAUCUUUGGAUUUGGACAAGCUGAUGCAGCAGAAAGUGAAUGCUGUCAAAGCGCUUACCGGAGGUAUCGCCCAAUUGUUCAAGAAGAACAAAGUUACACAGUUAACUGGAUUGGGCAGCAUUGUCAACCCAAAUCAAGUGCAAGUUACGAAAGAUGAUGGCAGCGUUGAAACCGUAAAUACGAAAAAUAUUAUGAUUGCCACCGGCAGUGAAGUUACACCAUUCCCUGGUAUUGAGAUCGACGAAGAUGUUAUCGUAUCUAGCACAGGUGCGCUCUCACUCAAGCAGGUGCCCCAAAAAUUGGUUGUCAUUGGUGCUGGCGUUAUCGGUUUGGAGUUGGGCUCUGUCUGGUCCCGCUUAGGUGCUGAAGUCAUUGCUGUCGAGUUCAUGGAAACUAUUGGCGGUGCUGGCAUCGAUAUUGAAGUGUCCAAAACUUUCCAAAAAGUGCUGACAAAACAAGGUUUGAAAUUCUUGUUGGGAACCAAAGUGCUUGCAGCUCAGCGCAGUGGCAAUAACGUAACCGUGUCUGUGGAAAAUGCCAAGUCUGGUGAGAAACAAGACAUUUCCUGCGAUGCUUUGCUAGUGUCUGUUGGUCGUCGUCCAUACACCGAGGGUCUUGGUCUUGACGCUGUUGGCAUUGUUAAAGACGAUAGGGGACGCGUGCCGGUCAAUGCCAAUUUCCAAACUGUUGUACCAAACAUUUACGCCAUUGGUGAUUGCAUUCACGGACCUAUGUUGGCACACAAAGCCGAAGAUGAGGGCAUUAUUUGCGUAGAGGGCAUUCUUGGUGGUCAUGUGCACAUUGACUACAACUGUGUGCCAAGUGUUGUGUACACACAUCCCGAAGUUGCGUGGGUUGGCAAAUCUGAGGAGCAGCUGAAGCAAGAGGGUGUUGAAUACAAAGUUGGUAAAUUCCCAUUCUUGGCUAACUCGCGUGCAAAGACCAAUAACGAGACAGAUGGUUUCGUCAAAGUGUUGGCGGAUAAGGCUACCGAUCGCGUUUUGGGCACACACAUCAUUGGACCCAGCGCUGGUGAACUGAUCAACGAAGCCGUUUUAGCGAUGGAAUACGGCGCCGCAUCUGAGGACGUUGCUCGUGUCUGCCAUGCUCAUCCUACAUGCGCUGAAGCUCUGCGUGAAGCGAAUGUUGCGGCCGCGUUCGGCAAACCCAUCAACUUCUAAUCACAAUCAGCGCUAAGUUAGCGAAGCAAUAUUCACUUAACAUUUAUUAGAAAACUCACUCUGCCUUCAAUUUCGUUAAAUUUUAUUUAUUAUGUAAUAAAAAGUCGCAAAAGUUGUGAUUUCUCUGCGCUGGAAGUGUUCGCUCGAAGAGUUUUACAUCUCCUAAUUCCAACCUUUCAACAGUACGGAUUGUGACGGUCGUUUGCGAAAUAGUUUUGGUCUCAAUGAGUUUAGCUAAUACUGAUUCUUCAAUCAAUGAACAUGUCUAAUGAGUGUAAACAAUGUAAAAUUUAACAAAAUAUGCGAAACCAGUUACGAAACUUAUUGGUAAUAGUAUAGAAAAGGAAACAUUUUAAAAUAAAAAUGGAAAACACAGCGAUAAUCCAUUA